GUGAGCGAUCCAAGUCGUCCCGCUCCGCGGCGUGUCACUGUACACAUACGACUCGACGAGUCCAUGCUCGAAUGUGUCUGCGGUCCAUUGGGUCGCGAGGAACGGUUCAGUGACCUCACUCGCUUGGACGCGCCUGCCAAAACAGGUCAGCAUGAUGCGACCAUAGGGGCAGAAGCAGGUGUGCCCCAUUCACGCACCUCGAUUUGCCGACAACUGGCCCGAACAACGAGUCAUUCACCUCCCGUUCCUGCCAAUUGAGUCCCCGCUCCUCACGAGUCCCAGGGAUUCCGCCUGUGAGAGUCUAGAAGGUCCGUCAUCUCGCGUAUUCACGCGUAGAUGGAUAGACUGCCCUGAUCAAUAUCGAUAUGCUCCACCCCUGCGUCGUCCUUGUAGUGCUUUACGUAGAGGGUGAUCGUGCUUUUCGCGAUAACGCUUCGCUUGAACCAACCGACGCCUUGGAGCCUCAAGAUCGUGUCUGUGUCGUUCCCAUUGGUCAAGGUCUUGUUCUGAGUGCAAGUGAUGUUCAAGAUCGUGAACUCUGCAGGGACAGCCAUGGUGGUAGAUAGUUGAAGAAGAGUUCGAGUUACUACAUCUGCUGCCUAUUUAGUCAACGGUCGAACGCGGGGUAUCGCAAUCACUGCCUCGUCGAACGUCCUGUGACCUCAUUGCUCGAAGCAUGUGAAUCCCAUGGGGAAUGUGAUUCUCCCCAAAGCGAAUGGGAGGUACCAUGCUUUGAGCAUGGUCUAUUUGCCAACAGGGAAUACAGUUAUGACCUUCCAUAUGGCAUCCUUCCCCCGUUCCCAUGCCUGAGGGCCUUUAGCCGCGUCUCCCCCAAACUCGACCAUCAGUCCAUCAUGCGUCCAUUCGCACCAGAUCCCAAUUGAGCCAGAAGACGGCCCAGAACCGCCACCCUUCCGAGCAGGCUCCCCAAAACACGCGACGAAAUCUUUCCCCGUGCUUUCAGGGCCAACCGAGAAUUCAGCCGGCCUGCUAGGCAGCUCUUUUUCCUCCUUGUCUCUCGUACCCGGCUGCAGCUGGAGGGUGAGAGGCAUGCCGGGAUACGUUGAGAAUGCGAGUUCGGCCUUUCGUGCUGAGGUUCCUUUGGUUUGGGGAUCGGAUGCUGUGGGCUUGGGGACGUUAUAGAAAUCGAGUCCCUCGAGCUCCAAGUCACUAUCUCUGAGAUUCGUACGCGAUAACCCCGUUGCGGGCUUGUAUCCGUUCUUGGGGGCGAACAACAGACUCAAUCCGAGAGCAUAGUAGUUGAAGUACACCGCGUCGGAAUACGAUUUGAUUUCUGGUUCUGCAACUACCAAGUUGGUCUGACUGUAUAGAGCUGCGAUGUACUCGCGCAGAGAUUCCGAGGACGGGUUUGCGCGUAAGAGAUUGUGGAUGUUGAGAGACAUCAGCUAUCUAAACACGUGCCAGGCAACCUUUCUUGGCCAUGACGUUGAUGGCGGUGGACGCGCCUCCACCGCGUCGCAGCAUACUUGCCACAGCUGCUGUCUCGAUCGCUAGCUUUCUGAGACCGAGGCUACCUCAUAUUCUGCCUUUUUUCAUCUACCUGUCUUUGUUCCCUCUGCUUGCCUUCUUCUCUGCAACUGCUGGGUUUCUUGUCUGGGAGAACGCCGCUGUAGCUUGGAGGGUACCACUCUAUCUGCAAUAUGGCGACGGACUGCCUCCAUACGCAGACGUUCAGUUGCCGUCUCUUGUCGCCAAACAGCGAUACGACUUCUAUCUCGACCUACAAGUUCCUGCAGUCGAAUCGAACUACGCACUAGGAAACUUUAUGGUCAAUUUUUCUCUCUUGACGCGCGGAAACCACACAUUAGUGUCUGUCCGAAAACCGGCCAUUGUGGUAUCUCCACAACCCCGACUGUUCAGGCGCACUUCUUCAGAGAUAUCGAUUCGCGUUCCUGUCCUCUCUUCUUACGCGGCCGGAACAUCCAAGCUUGCUGUGCACAUUGAAGUGGGACGACGAGACAACUGGAAGACCCUGGGCACAGGGCAAGGCCGCGAACUAAGUGUUACCUCGGCGUCUCUGCAUGGUACUGUAGUGCAUCACGGUAUCCGCGGUUUGGUCACUCGUUUCCCUCUGCUAUCUGCUCUGGCGGCCUCGGCUCUGUUCUUCUUCGUGUCGUCCUCGAUUGUGGCUGGAUGUAUUUUGCCACUGGUAUUCGACCACAACGCCUCAGCAUUUUCUCCUCUACCCCAAGACCUCGCGGCACAUCCGUCUCUGGCUCCAACAUCGGACGAUGAAUGGACAAGUGAAUCGGAGAAGCCGCUGGCCAGAGGACGAGGCAGUCAGACCUCCAUCAAGACAGAGGAGGACUACCCUACACAGGUGACUGAUAUGCCUGUGGCAUCCGGAUCUACCACUACGACAACUCUGCGACGAAGGCAGUCGAGGAUUUACGAGUAUUCUGCGUCCGAUUCUGAUUCGUCUUCUUGAUUCGUCCUCUCGAGAGGAAACCAUUCAUUGAAUUGUAAAAUAUACAAGAAUCCACGUUUAGUAUUAGCGCCCCACCGCCAGCCGCUCAUUCUUUUGGUUCUGCUUUUUCUUCGGUGACCGACUGCGAAGGUUUGCUCUCUCCAACGGAUGCUGUGUUCGAAUCUUUGGCUUGUACAGCGGGGAUCGUUGCUUUGUCCUCAGCUUGUUCUUCAGAAAUCGUCUCUUUCGCCUCGGCAGGCUUUGUGUCGGGCUUCGCGAGCUCGACUGGCGCCGACUCCUUUGGUUUCAACUUGUCUGUGCUGGAAUUACUGGCAGGUGCACCACUUAGCCCUUUGACCAGAUCCCCAGCCUCAUCUCCGUCCAAGCCAAGUUCGGCGACGAGAUCUGCCAACUCUUUCUCGGACACAUGUACACCUUGCAGCCCGAAUCCAUCCAGCUCGGUGCUCACGUCGAACAGAUCGUCGCGCUUGUUGAUCGGGAUCGGUUUCUUGCCCUUGAGCGGAGACGGGGGAUGCUGCGCGGCGAUGAUCUUCGACCGCUGAGGCUCGGGCGUCAUCUCAAGCGGGGUGUACGCCCCUGGCACACCCACAGGUCCGGCGGCAAGGGCCGGACCGUCUCCAUCGAGGUCGGGGUCCCAGGACUCCUUCAGCCGCAGGAAAAUGUCGAGUUCGUCGUAUUCGACUGCUUCUUCACUGACCAAAGUGUGAAUGCGGGAUAAUGCACGGGUAGAUGAGAGAUGGGAAGACUGACAACUCCGAGAACGGCUGGAGGGGAGCUAGGGUGUCAGUUAUCGUCGCAGUGCGGUGGAUCGUGAGACGAACUCCAGGGAAUUUGCCGCCUACUAGCAUGCCGGGAAGCUGUUGUUUGUCUGAUCAAUGUGUGAGAAUGCAGGAGCACGAUAUAUAUAGCAAGCAAGUAUCGGCCGCACCUGCAGGUGCCUUUCGCCUCCAUCUUCGCUUUGCCUUGCCGCCGACUCAGAUUAGAAGAGACGUUCUGAUUGUGAGAUGGAUCGACCGACAUUCUCGUCUGAUGCAAGGUCGUAGGAGGUAUACGGGAUCUUCUUGACCUGAAGCGUCCGAAGUAUGUAGUCUGGGUUUGGAUCAUCAAGCGUCGUCAGGACUCAGGAUUGUGGACUUCUUCAACUGACCUUGACGUUGUCGCAAGACAGGCUGCGACGCGAUUGUAGUGAGAAAGAGCUGUUUCGACCUGAGUUGAGUAUGGAUUUGGAUGGCACAAGGUAGGACAAACUUCGAUGGGUGGCGAAGGCAUGGCGGUUCGCAGUCGACAAGAUGGCAACGUCGAGCUAUCGGGGACUAGUUUGGACACCGAUAAUUGACGCGUCGACAAUCGAUCGGCCUGUCAGAUUACCGCUUGCUGCUCACCUUACUUGAUCCCCUCCACUAAGGAUGCCAGACAGCAAAGAACCCGUCGCGAAAGUGCUCGUCGUGUGUCUGGGCAAUAUCUGCCGCUCUCCCAUGGGCGAAGCCGUCCUGCGAGCCGCCGCGAAGGAGCGCGGGCUUGACAUCGAGGUCGACAGCUGCGGGACGGCCGGAUAUCAUUCUGGCGAGGACCCAGAUGACAGGUUCGUGAAUCAACGAGGACGGAUACGGCACAGGCUUGAUAACCGUCCGAAAUUCACUCUCUAGAACCGUCGCGACUUGCAAGAAGUAUAGGAUACCGAUCAAUCAUCAUGCUCGACAACUCCACAAGUACGGUGCCAAUCUCGCGUUUGCUUGACGGCUCAUAUGCGAUGACAGAAAAGACUUUACCCGGUUCACCCACAUCCUUGCGUCGGACCACGACAACUUGCGCAACAUAAACCGCGUCAAGCCUUCCGACGCGACGGCUGAUAUCAGACUUUGGGGUUCCUAUCUAGAUGAUAAAGCGAUCCCAGAUCCCUGGUACGGCGGAAUGAGCGACUUUGAGAGCACUUAUAAGCAGUGCACGGCAUUAUCGAAGGCCUUUCUGGAUGAGUUGGUGGACGACAAAGCGUGAUUGGCAGUAGUAAAUGCAGCCCGAGUUCCCAACGCAUCCUCCGAGUUCCAGAGUGAAGUUGUGGUCUGCAAUACAUGGAGUGUGCUUCCUUAUCAAGCACAAGAACUGACGAACCUUGUUCUGGGUGUAGAAAUUGAUGCCAUUCUUCCCGUAGAAGUGAAUAUCUCCGCUGUACCAAGGUCAGAUCCGGGCUCCUACGUCCGAUAUCAAGAGAAACGAACAGGAAGCUGCCCUGUGAAGGAUUCAGAUGCGAUCACAACCCCAAGCGAACAACGAACCUUGUUACCGGACCAGGAGAACAUGGGAAGUGCUAUUUGCGAUUCAGCGAGUUGAGCUGUCCGGUCAUGAAAGGUACGUACGAACGGGGAUCGGCACGUUGAUUCCGACUUGCCCAACGUUCACCUCAGUCUGUGCUGGUAUUAGACAUACAUAAGACCACAGGGAAAGAGAACUAUCGUGCCUCGAAUUUCCUCGCAGUGGCACCAGACUGGGUGAAGAUGGCAGCGCCGUUUCCAUAUCGGUUCUUGUUGAUGAUUUCAAUGCCUUCGUCCAGCGUGUCGACUGCGAUCACUGUCAACACGGGCCCGA